AUGAAUCCAGAGGAAGAACGCGUUAAAAUGGCACUUUUUCACUGGAUUAAUACCUUUGAUAUAGACAGAACAGAUCAUGAGAUCCGUUGCUUUGAAGAAUUAUCAGAUGGAAUUAUUAUUUAUAAGAUUCUGCUAGAGAUUGACCCAUCUUUUUUCCACAAUACAAUUGAAGCUAUACCGGUGGAUAACGGGAUAGCUAACAGGGCAUAUCGGCUGAAUAAUGGUAAUAUGGAUGUUAUUAUGAAGAGAAAGUAUUUUCUAAAGAAGGAAGUAAAGAGAAUCUAUAAAUAUUUGGAGAAAUAUUAUGAGGAAAAGCGGGGGCAAAGUUUUGCAGAAGUAGAUAAAGAUAUUCCGAAUGUGGAGGCGAUUGCAAAGAAUUCAUCAGAGAGGGAGAUGGUUAAACUGCUUAAAAUUGUGUUAAGAUGUUCUUUUUUCCAAGAGAAUUGGGAAAAAUCAGUAAAAAGAAUGAAAAAUUUAGAUUCUGAGAUACAAGAAGUGCUAGAGCAGAUAAACCAUGAGGGUGUAAAAUUCGAAGGGAAGAAUGAUUUAAAUGAAAAAACAAAGAAGAAAAUGUCAAAUUUUGAUGAAGAAAUUGCUAUUAUUAGCAAAGAAAAGGAUAUUUUGAGAAAAAACUAUGAACUUAUUCUGGAGGAAAAUGUUAUACUUAGAGAAGAUCAGAAAAUAAUGAAAUCCAAACUUAAUUCUAUGAUUGAAAAAUUGGAUAAAGCGGAGAAUCUAAAUACGGAUUAUGAAUCUCAAAUAAAUCAUCUUCAAACACAGGUUAACGAAUUCGAAUGUGAAUUACAUCAGUAUAAAGAUAAUUCUAUACAAAAAGAUAUGGAAAUUCAACGUCAAAAUGAAAUAAUAAUUUUUUUGACGCACGAGAAAGAGGAAUUUAAGAAAAAAAUGGAUGAGUAUGUAUUAUUAAGAGAGGAAUUACAAAAAGAAAAACAAAACUUGGAAAAAGAGAGGAACUUAAUAAAUAUAUAUAAACAAAAACUCGAAAAGGAUUUAAAUAUUUUAAACCAAGAAGAAAUAUUAAACUUUAAAAAUAUAUCAUAUAGAAAAAACAAUAAAAUGCAUGUAUCCAUUCAUAAUGAAAAUGUCGUAAAAGAUGAUAUACUUGAAUCAGAAUUUCAAGAAACUCCUUGUAAUAAACUUGCUAACAAAACUUCAGAAUUGAAUGUUAAAUGUUUUAAAAAUGAUUCAGAAACAAAAGAAAAUAAAAUACAACCAUUCUAUGAAAAAAUCAAUAUAUUACAACAGUCAAAAGAAGAUUUUCAUAAUUCAUUAUCUAAAUCGUCUAAGGAUUUGGAUAAUGAAUUAAAACAUCAAUCAAAUGCGUAUCCCAAUUCACAAAUAUCUCAAUUUCAACAAGAAUCCGACAUGCCAAAUAAAAAAACAUCAGAAAGGAGUAUUGUAGUCAUAAAAAAUCUUAUAAAUAAUUUUAAAAAAAGCAAAGAUAAAACAGAAGACAAACAUUUUGAAAAGAACGAAAAGAAAAAUGAAUUAGAUCAUCAAAUUCAUAAUAAUAAUAAUAAUAAUAAUAAUAAUAGUGAAUUUUUGAAAGAUUCAAAAUUGAAUUCUUCAUUCAUAUCAUCUAAAAUAGAUGCAAUUCCUGAAACUCAAAUACAAGAAUUAGAAAAUUUAAAUAUUUUGAACAACAAUCGUGUUAUGAAGUUUCAAAUGGAUAAAGAAAAUAUUUGCGAUUUAAUCCUUGCAGAUGAAUCAAGUGAAUCUAAGGAAUUACAAGUUGAAUUAAAUAAAUUAAAAAAAAGUAUUAAAGAUUUAGAAGAUGAAAAUAAGUAUCAAAUAAAUAUAAUUAAUGAAUUACACAAAGAAAAAGAUACACUAAUGCAUGAAUUAAUCAUUAAUAAAGACCUUUUAUCAAAUCUACAACAGGAAAACAAUAAAUUAAACUCCACCAUUACAUCUAUUUCAGAAACAAUAGACCAAGAAAGAAAAAAACAACUAGAAGCUCAAGAAAAAAUUGAAGAACUUCAGAAUGAGCUUGAUCAAAGUGUAACAGGCGCUCUAAAGGCAAAACAGCUUUUGAAAAAACAAGAUGCUAUCAUAAAAGAAUGUAAAGAAAAAAUGGCUUUAUGUAAAAGUACAGAUGAAUUAUAUGAUGAACUUGCGUUUAAAGAUAAGCAAAUCGAGGAGCUUAAGAAAAUAAAUAAUGAAGAGACUGCAAAAUUAAAAGAAGAAAAUGCACGUAUGAUCAAUGCCUGGUAUAAUUUAGCAUCGCAUAUGCAACAAAAAAAUCCAACUGUACAACAUACUUUUAUACAAUCGCCAAGUUCCUUUGAUUAA